GUUAAAGCGCACUUGACGUCCUGCUAACGGUGUUGUUUUUAGAUACACGGCGAAGGUUUGUAUUUCACGUGUAUAUAUGCGGUACGCGCAUAUAAAAGUGUGACUUUUACUAUUCCCCGCCUCCGGUUCGUUCGCGCGUUUGAAGAUAAACGCGACAUGGAGCGCGGUGCAUUGUGGGAAACAGUACCCCAAGCAGUGUCUUCAGAUGCGAGCGUCAAAUUUCAGCCAAUAUUGCAGGCUUUGCAGUGGAAAUUGAAGAAAUGUUAGAAAUACAAAUAAUCAAGAUUGAAGAUCCAGGAUGUCUGUGGGCCCGAGUUCUGAAAGGACCAGGCGUCCCGCCGGACAUUCCAGAGGAAUAUGAGGACCUGAGAGUGAAAAUGAACCUCUUCUACCACGAGGUCGACCUGGACGUUCAGAAACUGAAGCCUUCUGAACUGAAGGAGGGGCUGGUGUGCGUGGCGUUCAGCCUGGCUCUGAGGAGCUGGUGUCGAGCUGUAGUCGAGUGCGUCUUUCAGGGGACGCCGGACACUCAGGCCUGGUGUCUGUUAGUCGAUCACGGGGACCGAAUCAUCGUCGGAGCGGAUGACGUGCGGACCCCUCUAGAGACGUUCCUGCAGCUUCCUUUCCGAGCGAGGCGCUUCAGACUGGCGGGAGUUCGUCCGAUGACGCUUCAGGUGCCCGUCUCGGAAAACAAGGCGGAGCUUGUUCCGACUUCCGCGUGGGACAGCUCCGCCACGAAAUACCUGCACAACCUAUUACAAGUCUCGACUCUGGUCGAAGCCGUUGUGUGUGAAGCCGAAGCGGGCUGCUCUGCCGUCGAGCUCUACAUGACCGUCAAUAACACCAAGCUCUGUGUGAACCAUGAGCUCGUGGCCAAGAAGUUUGCCUGUUUCGUGAAAGAGAGGUCCAAUGCGCUGAAAGACCGCGCUCCUGUCAGCCUGGCGUGGGACAUCUACUCCAGCCCUCACCAGCUCUUAGAAAUGAAGGGACGCUGUCCCGUCAAACCUCCACCCUUCUCCAUUCUCAGCAGAACUGAGCAGAAAGAAACAGAAGUUUCUCAUCUAGAGAAGCAGACACUACAGAUGUCAGAGGAAGCAGACGUGCCUCGAGCCUCUAAACUGACCCGCAAUCCUGGAACAGAUACUAUUGGCAGAGGAUGGCGUAUCAGAGCCGAGGCCACUGACAUCUUCACAGAUGAACGCUACGCUCAGACUAACAUACACAAGCCUCGCUGCAUGAAGUUUAACACACAUUUCAAUCAGAUUCCUCAAUCUUUGGAAGAGCAGCGCAGUCCUGAUCAAACAGACAGUAACGGCAUCAUUUCAACACAAGCUGCAAGUUCAUCAUCGGGAGCGAGCGACUCCUCAGAAGAGCGGAAAGUGGCGGCUUCCUCUCAAGAGCCCGGUCUUGAAGAUCAGCUGACCUCUUCUAGACUUAUGCAGUUCCUAAACCCUGAUCCACUCAAUCCAGAUCAAGAGUCUCCUGAUGCCAAAGUCGUGCGCUGUGACCCGGGGCACUCGGGAGUUUUAGUGCAUGCCGCCCUUCGAGUCGAGCCCUGCAGUAGCCUGACACGUGCCCCCAUCAGUGAGCAAUUCAGAAAGUUCCUGUUGUGGAAGAAGUUCAAUGGACCGAAUGUAGCAGAGAGUUACUGCUGGCCCGCAGUGGCUCGUGGUUUUGAUACGGUACUGGUGUCCCACAGCGGAGACAAUCCUCUGUCCUACAUUCCUCCUUUGCUGAUGCUCUUACAGACGGUUUCUGUGGUCUCGAGUCUCGCUGCUCGCACCGGGCCCAUAGCAGUGAUCCUGUGUCCAGGCUGGGAGAAAGUUCAGACGGUGCUGGAGCUCCUGGAGGACAGUAAAGCAACUUACAACCUCCAUCCCACCAGUGUGCUGCUGGGUGUGGACCAGGAAGAGCCCAAAAAGUUCAAGAUCCAGAGGAACUGUCAGUUGUUGGUGACUACACCUUUUACAAUGAUGAGGCUGCUGGAUGCUCAGUGCUUCCUCUUCCUGAGACUGUGUCAUCUAGUGCUGGAUGAAGCUGAUGUCCUUUAUUCACAAGCACCUGAGCAGAUGUCGGUCAUCUUGAAGCACUUCCAGAAGGUGGUCUCCGGUGAGGAGAGGUCCUCGUGCCCCAGGCAGAUCAUCGCUGUGGGCAGCCGCUGGAGCGCCGGGAUAGAGGAUCUGGUCAGAGAGCACAUGAUUUACCCCUCAGUCAUCAUAACCGUGAUGGAAGAGGCGGCUCUGUACGGCAGGGUGCAUCAGAGGGUUCAGCUGUGUCUGGACUGCGAUAAGGUCUCCGUUCUGCUUGGAUCGCUGGACCUCCACCCGCCCAAACCCCAGAAAACCCUCAUCAUUACCAACUCCGCUGAAGAGACCGAGCAUGUGUAUAAGGCUGUGGUCAACACUGCCGUGUUCACGCUGAAAGCUCGUGAAGACGAGACGGAUCACUUUGAAUUUGUCAUUGAUCAGUGGAGAAAAGACAUCGGCCAUGGGACACAAGUCAUUCUGGUUACCACCAACGACUGUCUAAAAGCCCUCGGGAUCCGAGACGCCACGUGCGUGGUGCAUUAUGGGUUCCCCAGCUCCCCCAAACUAUUCGGCAGCCGUCUGUUCUGCCUGUCGGAGAAUUUCAGAAACCUUCCAGACAUGGAUCCAGCCGACAGCUCCUCUCCCGAAGCUCAGUCCGUGCUGCUGCUGUCGGAGCUGAACGCCCGUCACGUGUGUGGCGUCCUGCGGUACCUGAGGAGAACAGGCGCUCUUCUGCCCCCCGAGCUGCUGCAGUUUGCUCUGGGCGUCCAGCACGCCAGAGAAGAGCAGAAGACAGGCCGACCCCUCUGCUCCUCACUCAAGGGCUUCGGCUUCUGCAGAGACAGCACCGUUUGUCCAGAUAGACACAUGAUCAACAAAUCCCUGGAUCAUCCAAAGAUCCCUGACUUUGGGACCGUCAUGGUUUUGCCGCUGUGCAUAAAGUCAGCGAAUGUGUACUCUGGCCGCAUCGUGAGCCAGAAAGAAGAUGUUUUUGAGAGUCUGGCUGCUCAAAUGAACGCGCACUACUCCGUUGAGAAACGCUGUGCUGUGGAGGUGCUGAAGGGAGGGCUGUAUGCCGUUCAAGAGGAGAAUAUCUAUAACCGGGUGCGUGUGAUUGAAGUGCCAGAAAAAGGAGAGCAGCUGUUCAGCAGCGUCACUGCCUGCUUCAUAGACGAGGGCCGCACACAGGAAGUCAAAUCACACCAGCUACUCCAACUUCCCGCUCAUUUUCGGGAUUUGCCAGGCCAGGCUGUGGAGAUCAUCCUGUGCAGAGUGCAGCCCGUCGAUGGGGAGGUGGACUGGAACCCGAAGGUGACCAGAGCCAUCAGUCGGAAGAUCAAAGGGAAGCUGCAUCAGGCCCGGGUUGUGAUGAGUGUUGGAGAUACUGUCUGGGUUGAUCCUAUGGUGCGCAUGACGCGUGUCCCUGGUCUGAGGACCUACAUUAACGAGUAUAACGUCCAUGCUGAGAUCUUGGCCUCUGGGUUUGGUGUCAGUAAUCCUCAGCACUUGAAUCUGCUGAAGAGAGUCUUCCAGGGAGAUGAGAACGAGAACACGCUCCAGCACUUGACGGAUGACAGGUUUAAGAGCCCUUCGUCAUCCUCCGAGCGGAGAGCUGAGGUUAUAGAUGUUGUGACCGGCAGGACGAAGGAUUUAGACGACCUGGAGUCCAGGCAGACUCCCAUCAGCCCCCAAAUCAAGAGCAAUGGAGACCCGCAGGAGGAGGAGGAUUCUUCAGAGGCGAGCACGGACCUCAUCAGUUCUCUCGAGUGGACCGGACCCGCCCCCUCUGAAACAGACGAAUCCCCGAACGCCGGCGAAUCAAAGAGCCCAGGCCUCAUCUCCUUCCAGCCCACGAGUUUUCACCCACAGAUCAAGUGGUUCCAGAGGGGCGAGAUGGUCACGGUCUACGUCAAGCUCAUCGGUCCCGUGAUGCAGAAGUGUGAUUUCUACUCGGACGCUGUCCUCUACAGCGGGUACGUGAACGACCGGCGUUACAGCGCAACGCUCCAGCUGUCUGCUGACAUCAUCGCCGAGGAGUGCUCGUGGGAAAUGAGAUGCAACGAGCCGGUGAUGAAGCUGAAGAAGAAGGAAAAGAGCGACUGGAGAACACUCCUCAAACACAAGAGUCCGUUCGUGAGCUAUGAAUUCGACUUCAUUGACGAGACCGCGUCUUCAUUAAACGGACACUUGUUCCUGGCUGAGGUGGGAGAGGAGGGUCUUUACGUCAGCUCCGAGAGCGCCAGCGACAGUGACUGAACAAAACAGAGCCAACUCUUCCACGGGACAUUAAUUGAGCACAUGCCACUCUGCAUCAGUCUUGAGGAACAAUUGCAUUGUCCGAUCAAUAAUAAUAAUAAUAAUAAUAAUAAUAAUAAUAAUAAUAAUAAUAAUAUUUUUUUUCCCAUUAUGUUGGUGUUUUGAGUCUCGAGUUAAACUAGUUUCGAUGGCGGCGCACAUAGUGUGAAGUGUUUUGUUUGUAUGUUUCAUCUGUUCUUUCUGAAGCAAUAAAAUGCUAAAGCAAUGUUGCAAUGACUUUCACUCCCGUUAAAAUACAAUAUGGCUCAAGCUGUGAAAAUCGAUGUUUUCAAUUUAUUAUUAAUUGUUUAAAUUAUGGCACGGCUGGUUCUGAUCAACAUUAAGGUAUAAAAUAUUUUUUACGUUUUUACCAGUCAAGAUUGUUCAUUUUGUUUUAUUUUCACAAAAGUAGGAAGCAUUUUGCAUGCGUUCCUGAAGCUGCU